AACACCUAACCACUACUUCGCAUGUGCAGCCGUGUUCUCACGAUUUGCUCGCUAGUGUGAUUUUUGUGAAGUAUAGUCAUCAUGAAGGCUCUUAGAGGAAUGGUGAGCGGAGCCGUAAGCGAAAUAUCGUCUGCCGUUACCGGGAGCAAACACGUCGCCGUUCGGGAAAAUGUGCUCGCCGUCACUCGUGACUACAUUUCUCAGCCGAGAUUAACGUAUAAAACCGUGGCUGGUGUCAAUGGGCCCCUGGUCAUUUUGGAUCAAGUGAAGUUUCCCAGGUAUGCUGAGAUUGUCCACCUGACUCUUCCUGAUGGCACCAAGAGGAGUGGACAAGUGCUGGAGGUCACAGGCUCCAAAGCCGUGGUUCAGGUGUUUGAGGGAACAUCUGGCAUCGAUGCCCAAAAAACCACAUGUGAAUUUACAGGGGACAUAUUGCGAACACCUGUGUCCGAGGAUAUGCUGGGUCGGGUCUUCAAUGGAUCAGGAAAGCCAAUUGAUCGUGGACCUGCAGUGCUGGCUGAGGACUAUUUAGACAUUAUGGGUCAGCCAAUUAAUCCUCAGUGUCGUAUUUAUCCUGAGGAAAUGAUCCAGACUGGCAUCUCUGCCAUUGAUGGCAUGAACAGCAUUGCAAGAGGCCAGAAAAUUCCCAUUUUCUCCGCUGCAGGUCUGCCCCACAAUGAGAUUGCUGCACAGAUCUGUCGUCAGGCAGGAUUGGUAAAGAAGUCCAAAGAUGUGAUGGAUUACAGUGAAGAAAACUUUGCCAUUGUGUUUGCUGCCAUGGGGGUCAACAUGGAGACUGCAAGGUUUUUUAAAUCAGAUUUUGAAGAGAACGGGUCCAUGGACAAUGUGUGCCUCUUUUUAAAUUUGGCCAAUGAUCCCACGAUUGAGCGCAUUAUCACCCCCCGCCUUGCGCUCACUGCGGCUGAGUUUCUGGCUUACCAGUGUGAGAAGCAUGUGCUAGUCAUAUUGACUGACAUGAGCUCCUAUGCUGAGGCUUUACGAGAGGUCUCUGCAGCUAGAGAAGAGGUGCCUGGCCGACGUGGUUUCCCAGGCUACAUGUACACCGAUCUGGCCACAAUAUAUGAGCGAGCCGGUCGUGUGGAGGGACGAAAUGGAUCCAUCACCCAAAUCCCAAUCCUCACUAUGCCCAAUGAUGAUAUCACCCAUCCUAUUCCGGAUUUAACAGGCUACAUCACUGAGGGUCAAAUUUAUGUGGAUAGACAACUUCAUAACAGGCAGAUCUAUCCUCCCAUCAAUGUACUACCUUCUUUGUCUCGACUGAUGAAGUCAGCUAUCGGUGAGGGAAUGACACGCAAAGACCACUCGGAUGUCUCUAAUCAACUGUAUGCUUGUUAUGCCAUCGGGAAAGAUGUGCAGGCAAUGAAGGCUGUGGUUGGCGAGGAAGCAUUGACAGCGGAUGACUUGUUGUACCUGGAGUUCUUACAGAAAUUUGAGAGAAACUUUAUUUCCCAGGGUGCGUAUGAGAACCGAACUGUGUACGAAACUUUGGACAUUGGAUGGCAGCUUUUGAGAAUCUUUCCCAAGGAGAUGCUGAAGAGGAUUCCUCAGAGCACCCUGGCUGAGUUUUACCCUCGAGACUCCAAACAUUAAUCUUACUUCCUUGCUCAAUCAGUCCUUCACUUCAGCCGUGAAUCUGUCUGCUACGCUAGAUGUUGCUCACUCUAUCUGCUCAAAUCAAGUGCACUGAGUCAUAUUGUCUUAGAAGCUGUAUUGAUGGAAUACAAAGCUGUUUUUCAUGGCUUGUUCAUUGCUGCUGUUGGUAUUUAUUUAUUAUGUAAGUGUUGCUUAAUAGUAAAGCAAAUAUUGCGUGAAAAUUGUUGCUACAUUAUUGGGAAGAUAUUUGUGUCCAGCUCAAUGUGUCAUAUGUUUUGAACAAGUGGUCAAGACUAUUAGUAUACACCACAAAAAUGCCUGAUUUUUCAUUGUAUCUAAAGUGCCAAGUUGAAGAAUAUAUCAUCUAAAGGUAUUCUAUGAAUUUGUCAUCCUUACAGUCAAUUUACUAUGCAGUAUAUAGUGCAUAUUGAAGUAAUAAAUAUAUACUUAAUUCGAUUAUAAUGAAAAAAGCCAUAUGAGAUAUAAAAGCACAGUGGCCCUAACCUAAUCUUGAAACGAGGAAAAACAUACAUUGAGCAAUAGAUUUUUUUAUUUUAUUUUUCAUUUACCAAAAAGGUGCCAUUCAAGUUUGUGAAAGCUAUGAAGUUGGCAUGAAAUUAACUUGCCCUAGUCUGAUUUACAUGAAAAUAAAUGUCAUGGUUUAUGGUUGUGUAAACAUUGUAUUUAUUAUAUUUAUUUUGGUGCCAUGUAUACAUGUACUGUACUGUGGUAAAAUGUGUCAUAUCUUAAGAAAUUGUGACUUUAUGCAUGAAAGCUAUAUUGGAAAUGUGUUUGUGAGCAUUUGCUUCAUGAAAU